AUGCACCAUAGAGAGAGAAGAGCACGACCUCAUCUCAUUAGGUCCAAGAAGACGAACCCGUUCCACAGACUGUGCAACAGCAUCGAGGGCAGGAGGUUUCUUGUUCUUGCGAAGACGGCGCCCAUGACAACACCGAGGAACACGAGGGGGAGCAGCCUCUGCACGUUGAAAUGCGCCAGGGCAAAUGCCACCGCGCUUAGGAGGAUGGACCAGCGCAAGGACAUGUACCUGGUCAGGGAGGGGAGGAGGAAGCCCCUGAACACUAUCUCCUCCCACACUGGGGCGCAGACGGAGACGACCACGGCGUACAGAGCCAUAGCCACAGGAUCGCGGGCCAAUAUCGACUGCUCCACGCUGGAGACGCCGACCGGUGAGGACGAUACCAUGGGAACCAGGUCCAUGUUGAGUUGCGACAGUAGAUUGACCAGCGGGAACAUGACGCACCCCAGAACAACGUCCAGCUGCCAAUUUCCCUUGAGACUGAAGCGGAACCAGCCGGGCGGCAGAGGGAAGAACCUUGCAAGGCAGCGGUGGAGAAUAGCGAUGCCUGCAAGGCCUUCGACGACGUCCGUAAGAAGGCUGUACAAUGCCUGGCCUCUGUAUGUUAGAGAUUCCUUGCUGAAGCCAGCUGCAUGGGCCAAGAAAGGGACGAUCCAGGAACCCACAAACCAGAACGUUGCAAUCCAAAGUAGCACAAUCUGCAUCGGCGGAUUAUUUUUAUGUUACUUUCUGCUGAUAAUGGGGACAGAGAAUUGAAACUUCCUGAAAGCCUUGUGAUUCUAGCUAGGGAGUGAAAACGGAAAGAGAAAAAUAAGUGACGAAGGCAUCAUGUCAAGUAGAAAGCAUAGCAACACAACGCGAAAGUAAGAUUCACUGUUUAGUUCCCUAGAUUGCUAGUGGGAUUAUCGUCCAUAAUCCAGAAUAACACAGAUUGGGUUCAGUCAUUACGAGAUGCCGUCAAGUGCUCUUCAGUUCCAAUCUCACCUAUAGUCAUUAAGAGAUGUUUUCUAGUUCUCUGUAAUCCUAGCAGGUAUAUGUAUGUAUAUUGUGAGCCAACUUGAAACUCUGAAAGUCACCUGGAUAAUGGUUUCAGCCGUCCAUGGUACCGUCCAAGUCUCCCCAGGGGACCUAAAGAAUCUAACAAAUACCUGAAAGAUAGAUAA